GAAUGGAGGAGGCGUCCUGCGAAAAGGCAGCAUUUGUAUCAACCUACCAGGAAAACACUGACAGCUUCAGGGUCAUCCAAGGCCCGGCUGCUCGUAUCAGACCCACUCGCCUCCCCGACGAUUACUUUUCCUUCGACUAUGAGGGCCUGGUGAAGAACCUGUCGUGCAGGGCCCCUGACCAGCCGAUGAGGCCAUACCUCAAAGAAAACCUCCCGAAAAGGAUGCACUUCGCCAACAACAAGCGCAUCGAGAGGGGACAUCUGUAUAUGAAGGAGGGCUGGCAGGCAGCUCU